AUGUCUGAAGAUUGGGCCGAUAGGACAUAUGUGUUAGAAGCUGUUAAACAACGUGGAAAUGCACUUAAAUAUGCCGAUGAAGCAUUUAAAAAAGAUAGAGAAAUUGUAUUGGAGGCUGUUAAAAAAAACGGAUUAAUAAUUCAAUAUGCUGAUUCAUCAUUGAAAAGAGAUAGAGAAAUUGUAUUGGAAGCUGUUAAACAGCGUGGAUAUGCAAUUCAAUAUGCUGAUUCAUUGUUAAAGAAAGAUAGAGAAAUUGUAUUGGAAUGUGUUAAACAAGAUGGAUUGGCACUUGAAUAUGUUGAUUUAUCAUUACAAAAAGAUAGAGAAAUUGUGUUGGCAGCUGUUAAACAAAAUGGAUUGGCACUUCGAUAUGCUGAUUCAUCAUUGAAAAAAGAUAGAGAAAUUGCAUUGGAAUCUGUUAAACAACGUGGAUAUGCAAUUCAAUAUGCUGAUUCGUUGUUAAAGAAAGAUAGAGAAAUUGUAUUGGAAGCAGUUAAACAAGAUGGAUUGGCACUGCAAUAUGCUUAUUUUCAAAAUGACAGAGAAAUUGUAUUGGAAGCUGUUAAGCAAAAUGGAUCAGCAGUUGAAUACGCUGAUUCAUCAUUGAAAAAAGAUAGAGAAUUUAUAUUGGAAUCUGUUAAACAACAUGGAUUGACUCUUAAAUAUGCUGAUUCAUUAUUGAAGAAAGAUAGAGAAGUUGUUUCGGAAGCUGUUAAACAAGAUAUAUUGGCACUUAAAUAUGUUGAUUCAUCAUUUAAAAGAGAUAGAGAAUUUAUAUUGGAAGCAGUUAAACAACAUUCAUUGGCACUUGAAUAUGCUGAUUCAUCUUUACAAAGAGAUAUCGUUUUUACUUAUUCACUUUUUAAAUUGAACAAAGAAAAUGCAAGAAAGUUCUCACCCUCUAUAACCAAAACCAUUGAAGAAUCCAUUAAUCUUCAGAGAAAGCUGUCAAGCAAUAUAAUUGAACAAUACUCCAAAAUAUUUAUGGAUGAAAAGGAUUUAUAUUAUGCUAUUGAAUUAACAAGUCUCUUUAAUCCAACACCAAAAGUAUUAGGAUAUGGAGGUGAAGGUGUUGCAUUCAAAGUAUUUCAUAAAAGUAGUAAAUCAUUAAGGGCAUUAAAAUUAAAAUAUGACCCAGAGGAAUCUGAAGAAUCAACAAAAGAAACCAUUAAUUUAUUGAACAGAACAGACAUUGAAGGAAAGAUCAAAUGUUUUGAUUGUGAAAUUAUUCAAAAUCAUUUAUAUUCAGUGAUGGAACUUGGAGAGGAAUCAUUAUCAAAUUACAUUUCAAGAAAUAAUGAAAGUGAAAUUUAUAGAAAUGGAUUCAUUAAGAAGGAAAAGUUGAUUGAAAUUCUUGAAAUAUUUAUCAAAGUAUUGAACUCAGUUCAAUCAAUUCAUGAUCACAAUAUUUUACACAGAGAUUUAGAUCCUCAAAAUAUUGUCAAAGUUCAAGAUUUAUACAAAAUUAUUGAUUUUGAAACAUCAAGAGUUAUCAAGACAGGUAAUUCAAUUACAAUAGCUCGUGGAAAGUUUGCAUACAUGUCUCCUGAAGUUUCACAUGAUAAUUAUUCUGAUGAUUUAUUGAAAAGUGGUGAUGAUGAAAAACUUGCUCACAAUGUUGGACAAAUUACCAUUUCAUGUGAUAUAUUUUCAUUGGGAUGUAUUUUAUUGAAAUUAUUAACAAAUUGUCCAUUACAACUAUGUUCAACAUUUGUUAAUGAUUCAGAUGUCUCAAAAUAUAAUGACAAGUAUCCAUAUUUUAGUGGUCAUGGAAAAUAUUUCUAUACAGUUGUAACAACAACAGAGGGAGAAAUGAAAUUACAUUAUGCAAUUGAAAAACUAAUCAAUGAAACGAUUAAUCCAGAUUUAGGAGUGAAUAACAUAUUAAUUAGAAGCAUUAUUAGCAUGAUUCAAAGAGAUUCAUCAAAAAGAUUGGAUUGUUAUUCUCACAAGUUAACAAUUGAGAAUAUUUUGAAAUUUUUGAAAGGUGAAAUCAAAGAUAUCACUUUGAAUAUUGAAAAACAAGUUGGAGAAUUGAAGAAAAUCUCACCAUUAAGAAGUUACUCUCAACUUGCUGAAGAAAAUAACAAAAUUACAGAUGAAAAAACCAAACUUUCGGAUGAAAAUAGCAACCUGUUAGAAAGAAUUAAAAUGUUGGAAGAGGAAAUAAGAAAACUCACACAAACCAUAUGA